AUGGAUGAGGUAAAACCUUUGAAAAAAUACCAGGGGCUAGCAAUUCAGAAGAAAAAGCAUUCUAAGAUAAGAGAACGCAAUGUUAAAUGCGAUAAUGUAUUUCUUUUCGGACAUCAUUUAAAUGAGCCAAAAUAUAAAAUAGUUCAAGAUUUUUAUAAAUAUCUUGCCCAAGACAAAUCAAAGCCCUAUUAUGAAGAUGUCACAUUUUCUACACUAUCUCCUGAUAAAAUCCCAGAUCCCAAAAAGUUUAAUGCUAAAAGAAGUACAUUAGUGAUAUUUGAAGAUCUUUACUCUGACCUCCCAGCUAUACAGAAAAAAAUUAUUUCAUUUUUCACUCGAGAUAUUCAUGAAAAUGCCACUCACAUUGUUCUCUUUAAUGGUGGAGGCUCUAUUCAAAAACUUGCAGAUAUUAUAAGUCCUUACACUGAUGUAGAUCUGCAAAAAGCUUCAAAAAUUAUUGAUGACACCCCUCUUGAUCUAGAAAAGGAGAUCGAGGAAUUAAAAGAUAAUAAACAUUCUGCCUAA